AGUUGUGCAUUUCAUCCAGUGCGUUGUGAGCAAAAUGGAAACUGUGAGAAAAUUGUAAGUUUUGCACCUCAACCAGACGGAUGGACUUUUGUGGAAUUAUUCUACAGUGGAACAAAUCCAGAUACUAAUUAUGCUGCUGUGGGAUUUUCUCACGACGAACUAAUGGGCGACGAUGCGGUCACACACUGUUCAUUCAAUGAUCCCAGUCGAGCUGGAGCAUUUUUAUCACGUAAUAUUGGCAAACAUAAUAAGCCGCUAAAUUUAACAGAAGAGCAUCGUGCUAAUAACGUGGAAUUACUGCAGUCAACUCACAAGGACAAUUCUGUUUACUGUAAAUUCCGGCAAAAAAUGGUACCGAGUCAAGCGGCACAAGAAGCCCAUGUUCCGGAUUUGAAUCAGUCCUAUUAUCUACUCCUGGCGUAUGGUAAAACCAAUAAUCCAGCAGAGGUUUCAAUUCAUUCUCUGGAUGCCAAUUCCAAGGAUUUUCCAACUUUCAUCUCCACUCCGGUCAAUGUUGCAGCAUUAGCAGAUGUGCAUUCAGUUGUUCCCGUUGCUAAACAAAAGCCAAAUUCAAAGCGUCUAUUUGUUCUCUUACACGGUAAUUUUUUCGUCCCUUAA